UUGGCCUUCACGUCCUAUAAAAUGCCAACCAAACCAUCACCUUCCUCACAUAACUUUGGCUCUUGAUUCCUCCUUGUUUCAAUAUACCAAACACGAUGAUCCGACAGAGUCCCAUCCUUCGUCGACUGCUUCAGAUUUCAUCGUCAAAGGUUGGAGCAAGAUGCUUCACGGCACAGGCUAGUUCUGCUCUACGAGAAAGCGAACCUGUGAUCAGAUAUGAGGAAUACGCGGAUGUUGAUUGGAAUAAUUUGGGUUUCGGUCUGACCCGAACUGAUUACAUGUACAAGGCUAAAUGCACUUUGAACAGCACUUUUGAGCAAGGACAAGUGACCGAUUAUGGCAACGUCGAGUUAAGCCCGGCUGCAGGAGUUCUAAACUAUGGACAGGGAAUUUUCGAAGGUACAAAAGCUUUCAGGGGAGAGGACGGUAGGAUUUUGCUAUUUCGACCAGAUCAAAAUGCAGUCCGUAUGCAAAUCGGAGCCGAGAGAAUGUGCAUGGAAUCACCAUCUAUACAACAAUUUGUGGAUGCAGUGAAACAAACCGCUAUAGCGAACAAACGUUGGAUUCCACCAUCAGGAAAAGGAUCACUAUAUCUUAGGCCUUUGCUCAUUGGAAGUGGGCCAACAUUGGGGGUAUCUCCGGCUCCUGAGUACACAUUCUUAGUAUAUGCCUCACCUGUAGGCAAUUAUUUUAAGGAGGGUACGGCACCCUUGAACUUAUGCGUUAACACUGAGUAUCAUCGUGCAACUCGCGGUGGGGCAGGAGGUGUCAAAAGCAUAACCAAUUAUGCCCCGGUAAUUAAAGCUAUGCUUAAAGCAAAGGAACAAGGGUUCUCCGAUGUAUUGUACCUAGAUUCAGUUCAUAAAAAGUACAUCGAGGAAGUUAGUUCUUGUAACAUUUUCCUUGUAAAGGGGAACACUAUAUCAACUCCUGCGACAGUAGGUACGAUUCUUGAAGGAAUCACAAGAAAGAGCAUCAUUGAUAUCGCACGAGACUUAGGAUACAAGGUUGAGGAACGUUUGGUUGCAGUAGACGAAUUGAUGGAAGCCGACGAAGUGUUCACUACAGGAACCGCUGUUAGUGUUGCUUCCGUUGGUAGCGUAACAUACAAUGGUCAAAGAGUAGAGUAUAAAACAGGUGACAAAUUGGUGAAUCAGAAAUUGUACAAAACACUAGUAGGGAUUCAAGUUGGGAAGAUUGAAGACAAAUAUAAUUGGGUUGUUGAGAUAAAGUAAAAAUUGUGAUAAUUAUCUUUGUAAUGGCAAAGUCAUGUUUGAUUUGAAAAAUAAAAGUUAGAAUUGAGCAUCA